AUGUUUGUUUUUCAUGAAAAUACUCAAACCAAGAAGCUUCAAGAGGAAUGUGAGGCAAAACAUAUCUCAGAGCAAACAUGUCCGAGGUGCGAGGACGGCUGGGAGCCACAUGGAGGAAAGUUGUACUUCUUCUCCUCCUUUACUUUAAGCUGGAAUGAGAGUAGAAGACAAUGCAAAUCAAUGGGAGGAGACCUGGUUGUGGUAAACAGCAGAGAGGAGCAGAGAUUCCUGCAGACUACAGUGAGGGAAAAAAUGGACAAAGCUGAGAACGAAUUCUGGAUCGGACAGACAGACUCAAAGAAAGAGGGUGAAUGGCUUUGGGUGGACGACACACGACUGAAUGCAAGUUUGACGUUUUGGCAUGAGGGCGAGCCAAACAACUGGAAUGAGAACUGUGUGACGAUGUGGGAGAAAGACGGAGCCAUGGAACUGAAGACCUGGUACGAUCAAUCCUGCAAAUCGUCUCAUGAAUAUAUUUGUGAGAAACCAGAAAGAAAUUAGCAUUCUACUUAACAUGAGCCUGAAAUCCAGUUGGAUCAGAUUGAGCUCGAGUCCUCAGACACUUUCACAAACUGAGGCAUGAAGCUUUAUUAAUGAAGAUCUUCUCCAGACAUAAACCACUUUGAAUAAUAUCUAGAGUCUCAGAUGUUCUUCAGUUUCCUUGUUAUUUUAAAGUGACGUCUCCUCCCUCAUAUAAAAUCUAUGAAUAUUAAAGAUUAUAUAUAAUA